CCUUUCGCAAAGAAAUUCUUUCCAGAACUGCAGAAUUAUAUCCCCUCUAUUUGUAACAGUCUCUUCGCCAAAUUUCAACUCUCAAAAGUGUAUUUUUGCACAGUUUUUGCAAACAAGUGAAGACACUGCCAUAUUGUUUUGAAUUUUUGACUGACCUAUUAUUGACCUUCGGAAAGCCUUCGGCGACACGAUCAUUGACAUCGAGCAUUCCCCGAAACUUUCCGACGACGUGUCCCUUUAAAUUGCUGUUUACAACUUUACAAGGACAUAUAUUGUCGAAUUUAAAGCAUAUUUUUGAAGGUGUCAAGUAUUUUUUUUGUUAACUCUGCGAAGAACAGAUGGCAAGCCAUGGAAACGUUCUGAUCAUUAACAGUGAUGCACAAUUUAAGUCUGAAUUUGAGAAAAAUUCAAAUAAAUUGGUGAUAGUAGAUUUCACCGCCUCAUGGCAAGUUUUAGAAUGUUUUAAUCCAUACUUUAAAUAUAUAUUAAUUAAAGGCUUAUUUCUUCUAGUUUUAUCUAGGUACAAGCAGUUAUCUAAAAUUACAAACAGAUACGCCUGUCUAACAGUCAUGUUCAAGGCAUACCAGACUUGGGCAGCGAAGGAUGGAGUCCGGGGGGGGCAUGAUGCACCUGCUACCCCAAAACCGGGAGUGUGCACCCUAGCAUAAAUUGCAGUUGAACUAUAACAUCUAGCUUACACUGGACAAAUUUGAAUAUGCAUAUCAGAGUAUUGAACUGUUCAAUCAUUUGAGAUAUCUAAUUCAAUGUUGGAGUACCAUAUGUCCAGCAUCGAUCAUGCUACAAGUAUAAAACCUUGGUUAAUGUUUUGACAGUUUCCUGAGCUACAUGGCCAAAGAGCUAUAGCCAGGAUUGUGGCUAUAUUAAAGUGAAAUGUGGAUUGUUGUUUUUAACUGCAUAUGUGAACGAUUAUAUUUGCACUUUUGAACCUGGAUAUCAAUCAAGAAAUUACGAUAAAAACAACUUAUAAUGGGCCAUUCCAUUUAAUAUACCCCCCCCCCCCAUGGACGAGAAUUGCUGAGGGGGUUUGAAAAAGCCGUUUCCUUACAAAUGUCGACAUCCACAUCCAUCCGCCUUUGACCUUUGUGUUUUUUUUCUGAGCGGUAAGGCAAAAAUUUCUUAAUUCCUGGAGGUGUUUGUGUCGGCACUUUGAUCUUUUUUUCUUAGGGGUUCAAAUUUUAUUGACCUCGUCCAUAGGGGUGUGUGUAUAUUAAAUGGAAUGGCCCAAUUGAACACAAGCAGGACUAUUUUAGAAGUUCAUUUUUCAUUAGAUCAGUUGAACUUUGGAAUGCUCUAACCUUAUCAUGUCAGAUCCUCCACUUCAUUUGCUGUAUUUCACUAAGUCAUCACAGUGACACUAUGUGCCUCUGGGCCUUUAUAUCUGUCUACAUCUACCUACACAUCUGUUAACAUUAUUUCUCAAAAGGUGUGGUCCAUGUAAAAGAAUUGCACCAGUAUUUGAACAGUUGAGCAACCAGUUUACAGCAGCUGCAUUUCUUAAAGUGGAUGUCGACAUUUGCAAGGUAACAAAAAUUUGAUAUAUGUAAUUGCAUCAGCAUGUGUGCUAGUGUUAUUCAGCUUGGCAGCUAAUUAACCAUCAAUUAACCACAUCAUAAACUUUCCCACAGGUGACGGCAGCCAGCCAUGGUAUCCGAGCAAUGCCGACAUUCCUCUUCUUUAUUCAUGGUCAAAAAGUCGACGAAAUGAAAGGUGCAGAUCCGGCAAGUUUGCAGCAAAAGAUACAACAAUGGGCUCUUCAGAGUAACCAAUCUGUAAGUAAUUGGGUUAUUCAUUCAACAUCCAGAUCAUCCUUACAGACAAAAUCAGAUGUCCUAUCACAUUUUACUAUUACCAGAAGUCAAUUUUCCUCCCCCCCCCUCAGGACAGCAGAAAUUUCCUCUGUGAGGGAAGUGUGGAUCGUUUCUGGAACAACCCAUUAUUGGGUCAUUUCACAAAACAUCCAUAAUAAAUUCCCCCAUUUUGAAGAGGAAAUUGGGAAGUUGACCCACCUACCCCCUUCGGACGUCCUGAACACUCAUUACAGUAUUGUCUUUAUUUUAAGUCUGUAGACUCGGCAAAAGUUGCGACCGGCCGUCAAUUGGAUUGUUUCCGUGAACUACUAGAAAACCCUCCAGACACCUUCGACAGCACAUCCCAGUUGUUGUUGAGAAUUGCCACCAACAUUAUACAGGAACCCAACGAACCAAAAUACAGGACAUUAAAACUGAGUACAAAUACGUUUCAAAAUAAACUUCUGCCUGUUAAAGGUGCUGUGGAAUGCCUGUUUGCAAUGGGGUUUGAAGAUGUAAGUACUGGCCAGAAUGAAUAUAUUUUGAACAUAACCAUCAUAAUGCUUCCGACCUGGGUGUUGUGAUGCGAGAAAAUGUCUUAUAAAUGAAACUUCGAAAAUCUUUAACAAUCAUCAUCUUGUAUAUAUCAUUAUUUAGAAAGACGAUGAAGUUAUAUUACAAGCGGAUAAAUCGUUAGAUGACUUGAAGAUGAUUCGAGAUACAAUUUUAGAUGAACGCAAUAAACGAGAAGUGUUACUUAAAACAAUGCAGAAAACCUAAAGAAUUAUUGAAUUAUUUAUAUUUAUACAAUUUAUUGAAUUGAGUGUUAUGAUUUUCGCUAUAAAAUACAUAUUUCACUUGUUUAUACCAGAAGUUAUUAAUAUAUACCGCAAAAUGCGAAAAUAUUUGUAUUUUGAUAUCACAUUGUCGCAAUAGUUUUGCAUAUUGUUUCAAAUUCAAUAUAAUUCAAUUUACUAAAAUUUAUUAUUUUAACAUGACAAAUAACAAAUAGAUGUUUGUGAUGUUACCCCGAGUGUAUAUCCACACCGGGCAGGCUUGAAAAAUAUGCCUGGCCACGGUGGGAAUUGAACCUAUGACCUUUCGAAUACUAGCCCAAUGCUCUGCCAACUGAGCUACGCGGUCAGGUCAGUUGAUACUUCGGAACUGACACUCGUAGUAACAUCACAAACAUAUUCACCUGAGUAUACAUAACACCAACACAGAAAAAUCACAAAUACAUCUUAUCAUUUACAUAUAUCCUUAUUCUAUUCCACUAAUAUUAUCAGAACAGUGAAUCUACUAUUUCUCAGACUCAGCCAGAGCCUAAAAGCAAAAUUUUCUGGGGCACCAUGGCUGGACAGACGAUUGGAACCCAAUACUACCUUCUUCAUUUUAUUCUUUCGGCUUCAACUUCAGCAUAAUAUCUAGAGCACAGUGAUUCUUCCGGCCGUCCAUCGGUUGACGAAAGAUUUGCGAAUGUUGCCAGCAAUGCUCUUGGUCGUUUUUCUCACAUUGCAAAUACGCUGUGAGCUUUAUCACUGGGUGACCACUUGUCUUCAAUGUCGUCUCU